CUAGUUCACAGUCUCGCGACUGUUAUCGCACGGUAUACACGAAAACGUGAUAUAAGAAGUGAAUUGCAGUGUUUGCACAUUCCUUUUUUUUAUAACUUGAGCUAAAACUACUAAAAAUUUAUAUUUAUAUAGUUUUUUCGGUACUCGUUUACGCGUUUUUCCACGAGAGAAAUCGGUGCUUAUUUAAUGUGCAUGCGAAGUGUUUUGUUUCAAGAAUAGAAAUCGAAACAAAUCAUCGAUACUCUUCCUUUUCAGCCUCUCCCCGCCGCCUUCCCCUAUCAGGGCGUGAUACUACACAGCAGCCGCUUCCGGUUAACCGGAAGUGACGCUCUACGGUGACUACUACCGUAUUUCGUCGGAAUAUUAAUACCAAGCAAACGUAGAUCACCAUCACCACCGCUCCAGACAGGCAUCAUGGAAGUCGCCACUGAACUGUAAGUAUUUAAUUCCUAAAUUCUUUUUCUCCAAUUAUUUUUCUUUUUCCACGCUUUUGCCUUCCCCCCUCCCCCUCUCGCUCUCUAACAUCAAGGUUAAGUCUCUUUUUUCUUGUCAUUGUAGAAUACUUUUUUUUUUUUUUUAUUCUAUUAUACUUAAUUUCAGGGAAAUGGAAGUGGGUCUGAUCAAUCCGCUUUUUCUGAAUCUAAAUCGAAAUUACGCGAAGUGGCGAAAGUCGUUAUUUCGAUUUAUCUCUAAUUUCGAACGAGCUGUUAUAAUUAACUGAUCAACAUUCCACAGAAUUUACACGGUUGCUGUUGUUGGAUUCGUGUUAAAAUAUAUAUAUAUAUAUGCAAAAGAGGCGGGCCCAUCGAGGCGACAUUGACAAGCGGAUGAAGUUUCUUCUUCAGUGUGAUUCAGAUUGCAUCAUCGGCUCGACUAAUGAAUUCGCGUAAAAGGAUACACACUUGCGAAACAGAAUAGCGCGGUUUACACGGAUCGUGUCUCCGCGUUGAAUCUCUUUCAAAUCUCUUGAAUUACGUUUGUCCCGUUCAAAAAGUAAACGAUCCUUUCGAUUCUUUUUUUUUUUGUUGCUUUAUCUAUUUUUUCUUUUCCAGUAUCCUAAAUGUUAGCCAAUCCUCGCCAAAGGGAUGAAUCGUUAGCGUGCAUUAAGAAUUUUGCACGGAAGGAUCCGACCAAUUGCUCCACAAGUCCGUAAUGCGAAAGUACAAUUUGAUAAUUGCCGGGCCAGUUAAGAUUAAUUCCGGCCAACCUCCAGAAAUGCUCCACGCUAGCUCGAUAUUCGAUAAAAAAAAAAAAACCAAUCUUUAUAUCUCAUCGUUUUGAUCAUAAAAAUAUUAUUAUCAAUUCGCCAAAGAAAGAGAGGAAAAGUAUAAUAUAAUAAAGAAUACUAGCAUUAGCAAAAUUUCAUAACGGAAUGAUCAGGUUAGAAGCCGAAAGGGCGACGACGUAUCUCCCGGCAAGGUCAUCGACAAGCGAGCAACAAGACUUUCAAGAGUGAUCAGCAGCUCCGUUGAGGCCUACUUAACACGACGAGGUCGUUCGCAAAGAUUCAAUCAAAUCAAAACGAAGAUUGCCGACCCUUGACCCGAGUGAUGGAUAGAUAUAUCGACGCUCUUUUCCCGAUUCGCGAAACAAACGAAUCGUCGGGUGAACAUUUUCGCAGUUACUGUACACUGAAGGAGAUCGCGUGUCGCUAUUUAAUGUUGUUACGCUGUUUGAAAACUUGAGAGAGAAAACUCGAAUAAGAAAUUAAUCUUCGAAAUCGGAGAUCGUCAUCUGUCGAAAGAGUUAGAUAUUCUUUUGGAUUGUAAAGAAAAUUUGAGAGAAUAAUAAUGCGAGGAGUUAAAAAGAAACGAUAAUAGAAGUUUACGUUAAUUGAAUGUGUUGAAGAUUUUUAUUUUUUUUAUUUCUCGUAUUUCAUUAAAUAUUUAAGUAAUAUGUAAUUUCGCGUGUCGGACAAGUUGACUGAUUAUUUAAUUCGAUUAGAAUCAAACGUUACUCGCGCAUGGCUGAAUUAAGACGGAGCGAAACGUGUGCGGGGAUAUAAUAACACAGCAAGGAGAAAUCAUUGCCAAUCAUCGUGCUUUCCUGUACACUCGCCGUGCACGUACCUUUAAACGCUUGGCGCUUUACUAAUCACGAUUGAUCACCGUUGUCAGGAUCGGACACACAAUGCAAAAUUACCGAACGAACCUCGUAUUACCCCCAGGAGCCAAAUAAGAGGCCGCAAACCAGGCAAGAGAAGGUUCGAUCGUGCCUCAAGCACAACUCGUUGACGAUAUUGACUGUGACCGGUGUAUUCGGCGGUGUGGUCCUCGGUAUUAUCUUGAGAAGCCUGCGAACUCAAGGAUGGACGCCGCGCGAGAUCAUGUACAUCAACUACAUAGGAGAUCUAUUUCUCAGAAUGCUGAAGAGUUUGAUUUUACCGCUUAUCAUAUCCAGCCUGGUCUCGGCAAUUGGAUCUCUUGAUCUGUCAUUGAGCGGGAAAAUUGGUGUUCGUGCUAUAGUGUAUUACAUGGUCACCACGAUUAGCGCUGUUGUACUAGGUAUCAUUUUGGUAAUCACUAUCCAGCCGGGUGUGGGAAAUAAUCCUGACAUAAGGACAAAAGAACGGUCUCAAAAUGUUUCGACUAUCGAUACGUUGAUGGACUUGAUUCGGAACAUGUUUCCCCCGAAUUUAGUAGAGGCAUGUAUCUCUCAACAUAAAACGGAAAUGCAGAAACCGGAAAACAGUACAUCAGAUAACAUGGACGAGUGGAAGCCAGUGUCGAAAAGCGUGUCAGGAACCAAUAUAAUGGGUCUCGUCGUUUUCGCCACGGUGCUUGGUAUAACGUUGGGAAAAAUGGAAGAGCAAGGAAAACCGUUGCUCGUAUUCUUCGAGUCCUUGUCUGGCGCUAUGAUGAUGAUCACUCAUUGGGUGAUUUGGUUGUCACCUGUUGGUGUACUGUUUCUAGUAGCCGCUAAAAUUACGGAAAUGCAAUCGUUGGAUGAAAUAGUUUCCCAACUGGGAAUGUACUUUCUCACCGUGUUGAUAGGCCUGUUGAUACACGGCUUUAUCGUUCUGCCUCUAUUAUAUUUUCUAAUAACGAAGAGAAAUCCAUACGUGUACAUAUCCAAUUUGGCCCAAGCGUUGGUCACAGCGUUUGGUACGUCCUCAAGCUCCGCUACUCUUCCAGUUGCUAUUAAUUGUUUGGAAGAGGGAAACAAUGUCGAUCCACGAAUUACCAGAUUUGUUUUGCCGAUCGGCGCCACCAUCAAUAUGGAUGGCACGGCUUUAUACGAAGCCGUGGCCGCGAUUUUCAUCGCGCAAGUGCGUCAAGUCAGUCUUAGUUUUGGACAGCUGGUGGCAAUCAGUAUCACAGCGACUGCGGCAAGUAUCGGAGCAGCUGGAAUUCCACAGGCAGGUCUGGUUACGAUGGUAAUGGUAUUGGAUACAGUUCGCCUACCGUCCGAAGAUGUAUUCCUUGUCAUUGCUGUUGAUUGGUUAUUAGAUCGUUGUAGAACAACAGUGAAUGUGGUAGGUGAUUCUCUCGGAGCAGGAAUUGUGAAUUAUUUAAGCAGAAACGAACUUGCUUCGUUGCCGCAUAAUGCACAGACGCAGAACGGAGCAGAUCAUCAUACCACGACAUCCAUAUGAAAUCAAAGUCGAUAUUAUUAUCGGCAAGAUUUGUAAAUGCUAACAACAAACAAACGAAGAACGAUGAGCGUUCGUUUUUUUUCUCCCCCCCGGUUAAAUGUCGUACACUCCCACCGAACUUUAAAUUUGAAAGUCGAAGAUGAAGUUCAGUACAAAUAUAAUAAUAAAAUUCUUCGCAAUCAACGAUAAUAGCAAAUAAUAGUGCACCUAUUAUAUUUCAUUCUAUUUGUAGUAGUCAGUCUUCAAGAAGAGAUUUUAAUGAUUCUUGUACAAUAUUAUUAGAAGCAAUAUUUUUUUGUAUUUAACUACAAAAGCUGCUGCCAGAUUCAUUCAAUUAGAGUAUAAAAAAUAAUCAAAUGACACGAUCAUGUUUUAAUGAUCACUUUCCGUUGAUUUUAAUAAUAAGUUAUGAAAUUUAAUUGAAACGAAAAAAUACAAGAGUUGAAAGAUUUGAAGAUUUGAUUUUGUUUAAAUUCAAACUUUAAACUUAUGGAAACAUAAAAAAAAAAAAAAAAAAAAACAAAA